AUCUGUCAAACUCUCAUGAACCGAAUUUAUUCAGAUGCUUUAGAUGAUUGUGAACAAACAUCAUUUUGAGCUGAAGCUGUGUUUUGGAGUGAUGGAGUUCAUUUGUGUGACUCUGAUGAUUAUUAUUGGAAUCACAGAUUCAACAGGUCCAUUUAAUGUUGUUGGACCUGUAGCUCCUCUCUUAGCUAUACCGGGUAAGGAUGUGAUUCUGCCCUGUUCUCUCAAUCCCAAAAUCAGUGCUGUAGACAUGAGAGUCGAGUGGUUUAGACUUGAUCUCAAAGUAGUUCAUCUCUAUGAAGAUCAUGAAGACAACAACAUAAAUCAGCUUCAGUCAUACAGAGGAAGAACUGAAGUGUUUAAAGAUGAACUACAGAAAGGAAACACAUCACUCAAACUCUCAAGAGUUCAGAUCUCUGAUGAAGGACUUUAUACGUGUUUCAUUGAGUCCAAAACCUGGUAUGAUGACAUCACUGUUGAUCUCAGAGUUAAAACUGUUGUUGGACCUGUAGCUCCUCUCAUCACUGUAGUUGGUGAAGAUGUGAUUCUGCCCUGUUCUCUCAAACCCCAAAUCAGUGCUGUAGACAUGAGAGUUGAGUGGUUUAGACUUGAUCUCGAAGUAGUUCAUCUCUAUGAAGAUCAUGAAGAUAAAAACACAAAUCAGCUUCAGUCAUACAGAGGAAGAACUGAAAUGUUUAAAGAUGAACUACAGAAAGGAAACACAGCACUUAAACUCUCAAGAGUUCAGAUCUCUGAUGAAGGACUUUAUACGUGUUUCAUUCAGUCCAAAACCUGGCAUGAUGACAUCACUGUUGAUCUCAGAGUUAAAGAUCAGUUUGAUGUUGUUGGACCUGUAGCUCCUCUCUUCGCUAUAGCUGGUAAAGAUGUGAUUCUGCCCUGUUCUCUCAAACCCAACAUCAAUGCUGUAAGCAUGAGAGUCAAGUGGUUUAGACUUGAUCUUAAAGACUCAGUAGUUCAUCUCUAUGAAGAUCAUGAAGACAAAAACACAAAUCAGCUUCAGUCAUACAGAGGAAGAACUGAAGUGUUUAAAGAUGAACUACAGAAAGGAAACACAUCACUUAAACUCUCAAGAGUUCAGGUCUCUGAUGAAGGAGCUUACAAUUGUUUUAUUCAGUACAAAACCUGGAGUUAUGACAUCAAUAUUGAUCUCAGAGUUGAAGCUGUAGGAAGUCCUCCACUCAUCACUGUAGAUGGAUCUGAUGGUUAUGGUGGACUUCAUCUUCAGUGUGAAUCUAAAGGUUGGGAUCCUGAACCUGGACUUGUGUGGCUGGACAGUGAAGGAGUCACUUUGACAUCUGAAACUACAAACACACAGAGAGAGACAGAUGGAUUCAGAGUGAAACACAUGAUCACUGUGUAUAACAGAGACAGUAAAUAUCACUGUAGAGUCACAAUGGGACGUCACAUGAUGGAGACUGAGAUUAUUACAUCAAGUGAAUUGUUUAGCUCUUGGAAGACAACAAUGAUCUGGAUUUCAUUUGCUGUUUUGUUCGUGGUGAUUGCUGUUUUCUGUUGCAAAGGCAAGUGUUGUUGAGCUCCUCCAACACCAUCGGCACCCAGACAUGGUGGAGCAACUGGCACCAGGCCUUAAUUGUUUAAUUCUUGAAAACUGAUUUUAGGCUGGACAUGUUAUUAUAUACUGGCAUGUUAUUAUAGUGUUAUUAUUGUAUCAACCUCAUUACUGUAUUUUAUAUUCACUUCACUGUUGAUGGUGAAAAUAUCUGUAUACAGUCAUGUCAAGAUACAGCGACAUACAUUUACAUGAGAUGUUCAUUUAUGUAGACACAAAACUAUAAAAAAAUCUGACUAAUUUGCAAAGUAGACAUGCAAACUUAGAAAAGUUUGAGAGGAAAAUCAUGCAUUAUUAUAGGAAGGACAUAUGUCAAAUAGCAAUUUUAAGUUUUUUUUGUUUGUUUAAACAAGCCAGAACAUUGAGAUACUACACUCUCAAAAAUAAUGUCUUAAUAUGUAUGGGUGACUGGGAUAGUACAUAGGGCUGGGCAAUCUGUGCUUUUGUUCACUGUCUCUUACUGUCAGAAGAUGAGAAAUACGUAUUUUGUGUACACAGAAAAAGUCUUAUAUCUUUGAGUUCAGCUCAUAAAAAAU